AUGGACUUGCCGCCAUAUCAAGGGCUAUUACAAGUGCCAAUCUCGCUGCUCCUAACCAAGCUGUUCUUCAACUUCGCUCUGCUGCUCCUGGUGACCGCGAAGUGGUUGGGACUGACUUUUGCGGAUCCUGGAUCUGCUAAACCCGGAACUGACCGGUAUGCGUUUUGCACGAAUAAAUACAACAAAAGGGUUCAAGUGGCAAGGUCCAGCGAUUUCGAAACCUGUACUAUGCUUGACACGGACGCACUGGCAAUGGCAAGCAUUGCACCAUGGGAAACAAGAGCAUAUUACUGGGAUCCGGAUGUUAUAUUCAGCGGGUAUGUGAAUAAUUUCCAACUAGGUUUCUGUAUCGAGUGGCAUACUAGACCGCUCCAUAUCGAUAGUGGUAAAUGGGCUCUUAUCGUAAACUUCCACAGCUUCCGGGACCGGAUGACUAAAAAGCCCUUGAUAGAGGACGACGGAAGACUGGUUCUUCACUAUUCGGGAGAAAACAAAGGAGUCUCUCCGCCGCCUAUGCGUGGUGUUUGCCAUCUCCGAAGGCUCUGGUCCCGCUGGGCCAUAUCACCCCAUGCAGGAACCCACCGGAACGGCGGAGACUUCAACAAUGGCAAGCCCCUGAUUGUCGGGAUGCCAAUAUACGUUCAGAAUGUCGAAAGGGAUGGCGUGACUAAGUUCGGUGACCCAGUCACUACUCUCGACCGCGAUGAAAGUGAUGGCCCGCUGGUUGAAGCACCCAGCCUCAUCCGCACACCUGAGGGCCUAUAA